UUGAGGUUGGCAGGUAUGGCCCAAUGGUCAACGACGUGAUCGUGAACAUUCCAAAAGCUGGAAUGGGAACAUAUAUAGGCUCUUCAGUUUCUGUCAAUUAUGACUACACCUGGUCCGAGUGGCCCCCACAAAAAGGGAGAUUAGUUAAUAUGUUUCUCGGAAUCCCCUAUGCUGCUCCUCCAGUUGGUGAUCUGCGGUUCCGGGUACCAGUCCCGGCUUAUUUGGACACGAGGUAUCCCUGGUAUGCAAAGUUCUAUCGUCCUGCGUGUGUUCAACCCAGUGAUCUGCUCAGCACUUUCAUAACGAAUUUCACGGACAUUUCUGAGGACUGUUUAUACCUGAACAUCUUCACCCCAAACCGCACUUGGGAGGACCCAAAAAUUCGCUAUCCCGUUGUUGUACACAUACACGGUGGAAGGUUUGUCUAUGGCUCCAGUCACAUGUGUCCGGGACAUGUGCUUGCCUCUAAAGGAGUUGUUGUGGUCACAUUCAAUUAUCGGUUAGGACCUUUCGGCUUUCUUGCCACUGGUGAUUUUGCAUCCAUUGGCAACUUCGGUCUCUGGGAUCAAUUACUUGCCAUGCGGUGGGUUAAGGACAACAUCGCUUGGUUCCGUGGGAACCCUGACCAAAUCACGCUCAUGGGUGAGGGUGCCGGCGGAGCGAGCGUUGGCUUGCAUACUGUGUCUCCCUCCAGCAGAGGUUUAGACUUAUUUCAGCGCGUGGUGCUUAUGUCUGGCUCAGAUUUAUCACCCUGGGCCGUUUCCAACCCAAAUGAACUCCGCACACGAUACUAUGCCAUAGAGCUGGGUCGGCAACUAGGCUGCCCCUCGGUCAUGGGUGCAGAUGUUGGUGCUUCACAAUCCGCCAUGGCUGGCGAGCCUUGGAAGCCGGCUUCAGCCGCAGAGGUUCCUCAAGGAGAAUUUGGCAACUCUUCUGUCAAACUCCGACUGACCGUCCCAUACUACACAAGCAUUGAUUCAAACGCGUUGGUCCGCUGCUUGCGCCUUUCCAAGUCGGCUGAGGAGAUUAUGCAUGCAUCUAAGCUCCUUCGCCCACUUCGUGGUGCUACUCCGUACAUUUGGACACCCGUAGUCGAUGGCACAGCCGGUUUUCUCCCACGUACACCCCUGGAUGAGCGCAGAUUGGGUCGUUUCGCCAAAGUACCAUUGCUCGCUGGAGUGGUUCACGAUGAAGGGUCGUCCACUCUACUCAGACGAAUUUCACAGUGGGAGUCUCACGUUUACGCGAUCGAUCAGUUCACGGAUGCUUUGGCAAGGCGCACCAUUGGUAAUAUUGUGAACUAUGAAAAUGUAUUUCGUUUCAACGCCACCACUGAGGAACUUUAUACUCGCUAUACAUGGUGGCCCAAUCUGGCUAACAACACAGCCCGCUGGGAACGACUGGUUGCGCUUAUAUCCGACUACGAGAUUAAUUCGCCUCUGGAGAAUGUAGCCAGCUUUCAUUCAGCCCACUCAAAUGAAGUAUAUUUUUACGAAUUUGCUUAUCUCAGCCCCAACGAUACCGAGCUGCAACCUCAAAGGGGAGUUUACCACGGAGCCCUACUGCCGUUUCUCUUUGGUUUCCCAUUCUUGAACUCGACCUUCUGGUCCACUGUCUACGGCGAAUCAGCGAUACCCAUCACAGCGAAUCGCCCCUUCUUCUAUCCACACGACACCAAUAUGAGUGAAUUCUUGAUGGAUUUGUGGACAAACUUCGCCAAAAUGGGGAACCCAACACCGUAUGAAAUAAAAAACACCACGUGGAGACCCCACAAACCUUCAGAGGGCGGAUACCUUUUCAUUUAUUUAAACAGUACAAUGCGGUACAAUUUCCGACCCUUGGAAAUGGCAUUUUGGCGCCAACGAUUUUUGGGUUUGGCCGAAAUCGUUCCACCUUCUCCUCCGCUAUAUUAUUUCCCACUGUUCGGAUCUCAAAUAGCCACCGUGAUUCUCGGCUGCUUGGUUUCUACCGUCCUCAUUUUGCUGUUAACCCUUAUUGGGCUUAGUUGUCGACGGCCGAAACCCGAUCAUUUCCUUCACGAAGUGCGCCUGGCUACCCCUGGAGCUGCACUUGGUUCUGCAUUUCAGACGGCCUUCAAGGAUGCUUUCUCCACUCGUAAUAUUCCGGCUAUGAACAACUCUGAUGUCGAUUGGGGGUCGGCAUCCAGUAUGGAUGACCUGGAGCUGGAAAGUCGAGUCAGUUAUUCUGCUUCCCAGCAUUCACGUGGACGUCUACUGGCGCCUGCUGGUCACUCAACAGGCCGACCGCGUAACCAUCCGCCUCCACCACCCAUUCCGUUAUACGGACUCCCCAAAAUACCUUAUCAUGGUGGUUCGCCGAUUUCCACCAGCCGUCGCGGACAAUCCCCUGCCGUAGGUUAUACAAGAGGCAGGCGGUUUUCGGACUACUCAUACAAUGGACCACGCACCUUCACAAUGGAUCUUUAAUGAUAAAACCUAACGCGGCUUUCACGCAGUAGGCGCCCACUGCCGACCGUUGCUUCUCACCACAAUUACCACCUGCAAGCCAAAGUUUUAUUUUUGUUUUAUUGUUGCACAUGCUUUUAAUAUCUCAAUUGUCUGUAUUUUCGUAUGUACUUUUUAUACCUUGGACCCUAUUUUCGUGACAUUUUACGUGUUUUGAUAGGAUAUCUCUCGUCAUUGUACCAAA